GACGGCGUGCGGAGGAUGGAGGCGGAGCUGCGCCGGUCGCCAGGCUUCCGCCUCCGUCUCCUGGUCAGUCCCGGCCUCCAUUGAGCUGGGCGUAGCUGCGUCGGGCAAAGAAGAGCAAGCAACGGGGCGACUCCGCCGCCAUGGAGGCCCCGGAGGAGGUAGUGGACGCGGGAGGAGGCGAGGAGGAGCGGGUGGCCGGGGCGGAGCAGGUGCGGCCGGCCCGCAGGAGGGAGGCGCAGUGAUGGAGGGCGACCGGCGGCGUCCUCGCUGCUCGUGUUUCAUCUGCUCUGCAAUCUGUGUAGAUCAAGCUUCAAGUGACGUUUCUUUAUCGAUCUUGUCGAUCUGCGUGUUCUGGUCGGUUGGCUUGGUUCUUUGGUCUGGCCGCUGACUGCUUCUGAAGAUUAUUGGGGGCUGCCUCUUCUGUGCUGAGAGAAAAAAAAAGGUCCUGGUUUCUGAGGAUUUCACAAGAAUCAGGUGUGACUGUGCUGUGCUGUCUGCUCCUGUCAAGAUGCCGAUCAACCUGCUUUCUGAGAUUCACAAGGAUAGCCGUUAGUGGACCAUAUGUGUUCUUGUUUCCCACAUGUGGCACUACCGUGGAGGGACCGAAGAGGGUCCUAUCAAACACACUGAUCUGGUUCUGAUUUAUGAGCAGGGAAACCAUAUGUACGGUCAGCUCCCUCCAGCCACCUCUGAGCGCCUCAAGGAUGUGCUGCAAGAGGGGAAGGUUUUUGUUAUCAGGAAAUUCCUGUGCAACCCGUCCAAGACAAAUUUCAGGCCUGUAGAGAGCCCUUUCAUGGUUCAGUUCACUAAGUUUACCAUUGUUGAGGAGAGGCCUGGGUUGUAAGAUGGUUAUCCAUUCUGCACCUACAACCUGACUUCGUUUGCUGAUAUCCCCGAUCCCAGUGGGCCUCCUACACGCUUCAUUGGUUAGUUCUCUUCAUAUGCUGUCAUGUCUCUGUUUGGUUUUCCUGUCUGUUUUCUACCAUCGAAUUUGUUUUGCUGCAGAUGUUAUUGGAAAGAUCUCUCAUGUUUCAGACUUAGUCGUUGUUCAGUCUAUGUACCAGACAGCAGGUUCUAACACGAGGACAGUUAUACUUACAGACUUGCUGGGUGCUGAACUGAGGAUUGUUCUCUGGGGUGAUCAGGCGGUUGAAUUUGAUGCAGACGCGGUUCGUGCCAUGAGUGACAAAGAGCCAGUUAUUGCUAUCUUUGUGGGAACAUUGCCUAAGUCACAUCAUGGUGUUACAGGGUUAAGUGGUAGCUCUGCCUGUCGUUGGUACAUUGACGAGGAUAUACCUGAUGUCAAUUCCUUCCGUGCAAGCCUUGGAGGCCAGUUUACUCCUCUGACUGCCUAUAUCUCCACGGGGCCGGAUGCCCUUCCAACCCAUGUCUAUGCGGAUCCUAUUGAGAUGACCAUGAAAGAGCUCAACGGGGUUGAUCCCUUCGUUGAUAUGGACAAAAGGUUUAUCUGUUCUGUCACAGUUGACAUAAUAUGUGGUUGGUGGUUUGCUUCAUGCAAACGAUUUCACAAGUCUGCUAAGCAUGAUGGCUGCCAAUACCAAUGCUCAGGCGCAACAUGCGACUCUGUUAAAGCUGAUCUAGCGUAUUGUGUUUCUGUCUUUGCAUCUGAUGACACUGGUGGAGCCGAGUUUGUGAUGUUUGACAAAGUCGGAGCUGCAGCUGUACGUAAACAGCUGAUGCCAUUGAUGCGUCAGAGGUACCGAGGACAUUACACGGUUGAUGAGCUAGCUGCAGUUGCUAGCAUAUAUGAUGCCAUUGGCCAGCAUGAUAUUUCUGUACCUUAUGUGGGUGGGAAGAGGGGAUAUAAAUAUCUAUCUAGAUAUGGUGCCAUUGCACUAUCAUUGUCACCCCACGAGACAGUACCUAUAUCAAACAUUGCUGGAGUCAUCUCUUGGAGAAAGCAAUUUACACUUGAUGGCCUGCCGGUUCCUCAAAGCCAGCUUUACCAACUGAGUUCUAAAACGGGGAAGGACAUCUAUUGAUGGUGUGAGUGGUAUGAUCUUGUUCUCCGCCAACUCCUAUUUGUCUCCUCAUGUCCUGUGCUCCACGAUUCCUCUAGAGCAUAGGCAUAUUCUUAUUAUAAGCUUUGGUAGCGUGUGAGACAACAGAGGUGACCUCCCAAUUAAUACUUGUGGUGGUAUUACUUUUCACUUUUUUAAGCAAGAUCAACAAUUAUGUGAAUAUACUUUUUCUUAAGUCUCCGGGUUCAUUUUAUAAUGACUUAUGUAAGUUCAUAAGGUAUAUACUUUGAUCGAAACCAGGAAUUACUUUGGUAUGUCCUGCCAAGGCAUAAUAAUAGAGCAAGUGCUAAAAUCUCACCCAUUCCUCAAUUAAUUUGUUCCUGCAGCUAAGGAAGAUGACAGUGUUUGCUAUACAUACAUAGAGGUCUCUAGGCACCCAUUUCGUUUAAAACCUAAAGUUACCCAAAACUUCUUUGAAAGAACACAUGCUUCCCUUUUUUAGUCAUCCUGUGGAGUUGCCAACUAUUGGUGCAAUAAUGGAACAUGAUUCUUGCUGAUUAUUGUGACCAAGCAAGUGGACAGAAAUGUUUUAUGUGCAUUGAGUGGACUGAAUUUGCUGGUUAGUCAAUUUUGGGAGUUUAUCGCAAAAAAAGUUAAUUUUGGGAGUUAGGUUAGUGAAUAUGAAGGUACAUCAGCUUCUCCAAUAACAUUUCGAUCCGUAUUGGUUCAUCCUAAAGAUUAUUCAUGCUUGGCUCAUUUGUACAUAUGUGUGCUUGUUAUUUAUCAUAAUUGAUUUAGUGAAAUAGUUGUUGAUGUUUAGUGUGGUAGCCACUAAAAAUUGUCUGUGUAGUUGGUUCAUCCUAGAGUCAUUGGUGGCUGUGUUGUACGAUUUUCACAGGGUUGCUUCAUUUCUAUGCUCAUAUGCUUUGCUCUUCUCUGGCGCUCAUUCGGCUAUGUCAAGUUUUGUGCCUCUCCUGACCUUAAUGUGUUUUCUGGGGUGUUAUAAAUAUCAUAUCAUUUACAAUCCUUGUUUCGGAUUAGGGUUUUAUAUCUACCUAAUUUUGUUGCCUGAUUUUCUACUUGUUGUUUCUGUGUGUACUGCAAUGAGGUGGGCUCUCAAGAUGAAGAAACGGGAGGAGGAGCGCCGGCUCGGGGAAGCUGCAUUUUUUUAUGGAUGCCUUUACAUAUUCUAUGUUUGGUUGGUAAUAGCACACUUUUCUUAAGGAAGUGAAGAAUUUAAAGUAACUCUGUUUUCCCCAAGAAAAAAUCUCCAUAGAUUAAAUUGUGGCUUUAUUAUUUGGAAGGGUGUAUGCUAUUAGUUAUUGUUUAGUUUCAGACUCAUUUUGGAGGAAGAGGUCGCGGCAAUGUGGAGACUAGGCGGACUCAAGUGGUUUUCGACUUGCCUCUAUACGCCAGCCAACACCCUACCCUAUCAAAUCGAUCAAAUCGAGAAAUUUGAGUACAAAGUGGAGGAUACUUGAAAUCUUGUUAAGUCACACGCAUGCCCUCAUAGCAAGGCUUAAUAUCAGAGGAACCGCCGGUAAUGAUGUAUAGUGAUCUUGGUAUGCAAGUAUGAUCAGGACCAUUUGGUGGCCUGCGCCCACUUGUUCUUUGCUUCUUAGUGAUGCUCCUGGUGUAUUCUUAUUGGAGGAAACGACACUACUUCAUAUUUUUUGGGUUAUUGAAUGUCUUGAUGGCACCUAAAAACAUAAUAUUUAUACACAUUUAUUUCUCUUUGCUAUGAACAUAUGGUUGGAUGCA